GACAGGUAGUACCUGCUUAACACGAAACGAAACUACAUUAAAAUAACCUUAUCUUUCUCUUCAUAAAUCAAGAUGUACCAAGUUAGAAGUAAGGGCGGUUCUGUAGAACGAGAAAGGUGAAAUGCCAAAUGCAAAUGAGAACUAGAAGAGAAUAGAGAGAAAGUAUAGAAUUUCUCACGUGUAUAUUUAAAGAUUUUUAUAGAAAAAUCUCAUAUAUUUAGUGAUAAGUGUACCUUAUGAGGCGAAAAAGAAAAGAAACGAUAUCAAGGACGUUGUAUUGGCCAAACUUUCCAAUAAGGCGCAACACCUUCUCAAGGCAGACAAGCAAAACGGAGUCAAAACCAGUUAUAAGCCAGUCGAUGCCUCGAGCCACAAGUAACGGGAACUGUGUCACAACCCAUGCACCGUUACGUGGAUGCCGGUUACCUAGAUCGCGCAGUUCGUCUUCUGCUAGUGAGCGGGUUGAGUUGGGCUAAGUAUCGUUCGGAAAUCUAUAAAGGAAUGAACGUUACGUUUCGUCCAGCUCUCUAGCUGUGGGGGGUUUGGAUGUUUAGUUUCAUACCAUGGUCCGGCAAAUCGUCAUGUCGUAUCUAUGGUCCAACAGGUAGCUAUGGAUUGGUGUGAGAAGUGGUAUCGGGCCAUUUACGUGACCCUUUUAUUCACAGGUUUUUUAACUCAAAAAUGCCAUGGAGAACCGGACAAGUCGUUCAAAUGCCCAGAACAAUUCGGUUACUUCGCAGAUAUGGACGACUGCAGCAAGUACUUCGUAUGCGUGUUUGGUGAUGCUUUACACGAAAGUUGUACGGGUGGAUUGUAUUUUAGUGCAGAACUACAAACGUGCGACUGGCCUAGGAACGUCGAAUGUGCCAGUGGUGAAAAGCCACCAAACCCAACUGAAGAACGUCCUCCUCAAGAUGGUUUUGAUUCAAACAGGCAUCGCUCAAACAUCACAAUCAUCUCCACCCCCAACGAUAAUCAAUUAUCCUUCCAUAACAGGAGCAGAAGCACUACAAACAGGCCAACUACCACUACAACAACGGAACCCACGACUAUUGCAAUAUAUAAAUCUCCACACGAUUACAAAAAAGAGCUAGAACCUGAAAAUCUCAAUCCCUAUAACCGUCAAUCCCCUGAUGUUAAUGAGUCUUACGAGCCCGACACACCCGAUUCGGAUGAAGCUGCACCCCCCUACGUCGAUUCGGAAGGUGGUAUAUACGUCAAUGACGGACCCCCGAAAACUUCUGGAGUGAUUCAACGAAUACCGGGUGUAUCUGAUUACGAUGUAUUCAUAAAACAGAUUCUGGUUAAAGACGAAUCGACAAACACCAAUUAUCGCAGAGAUAACACCAAUAAAUUAAAUGGCUAUGGUAAAGAAAUACGCGAUCUACCUCCUCUACACUCUAAUAAUGGUAAAUCUUACGAUCACGAUGCCGAUCACAACCAAACAACGAUUUUAGGUGGGUACGAUGACAACUUCGAAGCCACUCGUAAGACUUCGAUCAAACAGAACAACAACCAACCACGAAUAUACGAGCCACCACCAGCGCAAUAUGAUUAUCCACCCGAUUAUAGUAAGAAACACCUAAAUUCUACCAGAACACCAACUAUCUAUCCUACUAACUACGAUACAUCGCCCGUCCAAGAUUAUCCGGAUUACCAAUCAAGCGAUUACGAUUACCCUACCAAAAUUACCAACAGAGGACGUAUACCAACAACCACAGCAUCGCCCACAGUAGCCACGACGGAUAAGACGACACUUAAUUUAAGAAACACUCCUCCUUCGCGCCCAAAAUCUGUUUAUUCUACACCACCCCCUUUCGCUCAGGCCGUUAGAUGCGAUUCUUAUUCAUGUGCUCUUCCAGAUUGCAGAUGUGGUGGCACAGAUAUCCCUGGGGGAUUAACUGCCAAUCAAGUGCCUCAGAUAGUGUUAUUGACUUUCGAUGAUGCCAUCAACGACCUAAAUUAUGAUUUGUAUAAAAGUAUUUUUCUGACGGGAAGGAAGAAUCCCAACGGGUGCCCUAUUUUAGGAACUUUUUACGUUUCUCACGAAUGGACGGACUAUGGUCAAGUUCAAACACUCUACUCUCAGGGACACGAAAUGGCCUCUCAUUCCAUCACUCACAGUUACGGAGAGAAAUUUUCCAAGUCGCAAUGGUACAAAGAAAUUCAAGGUCAGCGUGAAAUCUUGCAUAAAUAUGGAGGAGUGAAACUUGAAGACAUCAGAGGGAUGAGAGCUCCAUUUCUACAAAUAGGUGGCAACAAAAUGUUCGAUAUGUUAUACGAAGCCAACUUUACCUACGAUGCCUCCAUGCCAAUCUUCGAGAAUAGUCCACCCUUUUGGCCCUACACUCUCGAUUAUGCCAUAAAUCACGAGUGUAUGAUAGCUCCCUGUCCUACUAAAUCCUAUCCCGGACUUUGGGAACUCGGUCUGGUUAUGUGGUUGGAUCUAAGAGGUGGUCGAUGCUCUAUGGCAGAUGCUUGCGCCAAUCCGCAAGACGAAGAAGGUGUUAUCAAGAUGCUGACGAAAAACUUCAAUCGCCAUUAUAAAAACAAUAAAGCUCCCUUUGGGUUGUUUUACCAUUCGGCAUGGUUCAACACGGAUCAUCAUCGUCGUGGUUUCCUCAAGUUUCUGGACAAUAUUUUGGAUAAGCAAGACGUAUGGUUCGUUACUAACUGGCAACUGGUACAAUGGAUGAGAAAUCCUACCCCUUUAGAUAAUUUAGCAAAUUUUGAGCCAUGGCAAUGUGACAAAUCUAAAUAUACUGGACUACCCGAACCCUGUCCCCAUCCUACAGUGUGCAGCGUGUGGUAUCAAGGUGGUGUUCGUUAUAUGAAAACUUGCCAGCCGUGUCCUACAGAAUAUCCAUGGGUGAGUCCUGAAGACAAAGGAUGAACUAUCGUUUGACACUUUAUCCAUAUUACAUAUUUAAUUCUCCGCACAAGACUUGUAGAUACAGCAUUCCCCCGAUCAAUAAAAGAAAAAUCUUCGCAUUGUAAAAUCGAGUGUAUAAUAAUUUAUUUUGCAUAUCAAAAUUUUCAGCACAACAAAGUAUAUCCUUAAAUUACGUUUUUAAGACCGGAAUUUGCAUAAUUUAAUACACAAUUCAAA